AGGGUUGGAACUUGGAAGAUACAGUUUCUCUUUCCCAAACCUCUGAUAACACUCUACACCUGCCACGUCAAAUAUGACGUGUCAUGAACUCGAAGUUUCCGGCACCAAGUAAGUAAGUGUGGCUACACAUAUGCCCAUACGCCAAUCACUCACUCUAUAAAAACGGAUAUACAUUUUCUAUUUUCGAUCAAACAAACCUAUUAUACCAAAAGAAGAAGAAGAAGAAGAAGAAGAAGGCAGAAGCUUAUAAUUUUGGAAGGGACACAAUGGGCGACAACGGCGAGUUCAGGCUGGUGUCUUCAGCAAUAGACCACGAAGGAAGGUUGCCUAGAAAAUACACGUCGGAAGGCCAAGGAGCGCAGAAGAACAAAUCUCCGCCUCUGGAGUGGUACAAUUUGCCUAAAGGGACCAAGACCCUGGCUCUUGUGGUGCAGGACAUUGACGCACCGGACCCCAGCGGUCCUAUCGUGCCGUGGACCGUGUGGGUGGUUGUGAACAUACCGCCUACCUUAAAGGGUCUCCCUGAAGAUUUCUCUGGGAACCAACAGGGACUUGGUGGUGAUUAUGCGACUAUUCAAGAGGGAAAUAAUGACGAAAAAGUCCCUGGUUGGCGUGCCCCUACUUUGCCUUCACAUGGCCACCGCUUUGAGUUCAAGCUCUAUGCUUUAGAUGACCAUUUGAACCUCGGCAAUAAGGCCACAAAGGAUAAGCUGUUAGAAGCAAUAGAAGGACACGUACUGGGAGAAGCCGUAUUAAUGGCGGUCUUCUGAUUACAAAGCAACUCAGCUUUUUCCACUCUUUUUUUUUUUUUUGGUUCUCUCUCAGUCUUACUCCUUAUCUGAUUACUCUGUAUUUUGUACAUUAAAUCAACAGUUUCGUUUCUUAAUAAGAGAUCAAAAGGACACUUUUCUUUA